AUGUUCAUUCUCAAUUCGCUUUCUGUCCUUGUGGCACUUUCAUCAUGUGUUUACGCAUCCCCCACAUCCAGCAGCACGCAUGGAUCGAGAAUAAUUGAAAAGAUCGAAUCUGCUCCUGCUGGAUGGACAAAGGAUGAGUCCACUCGAUUGGAUAAAGAUGGCGAAUUGAUGAAGUUGCGAAUUCAUCUUGUGCACCAAGAUAUGGACAAAUUCCAUGAUUUGGCUAUGAAGAUUGCGACACCUGGACAUGAGCUCUACGGCAAACACCUUUCCCAAGACGUGAUCGAUGCUAUGAUCGCUCCCAAGGACGAAUCUCGAGAUCUCGUUGAGCAAUGGUUGAGAUCCGAAGGAUUGAGUGGUCAAGCAACAAUCUCACCUCGAGCCGACUCCAUCGUUCUCGAGGUAAGUAUCGCACAAGUCGAGAAGUUGCUGAACGCAGAGUAUGAACCUUUUGUCAAUGAGAAAACCGGAGACGCUGCCGUCCGAACCUUAGAGUACAGUCUCCCAGCAAUUCUCAAAGGUCAUGUCGACAUGGUUCAACCCACAACCUUCUUCGGUCUACGAGCCAUGCGGUCCAUGAUCUCUGGUCAAAGAGAGUUUGAUGAGAGCACCUUGAACACCGGAGCUGUCGAGGCAGUAACUGGAUGCAGUGGAACAACAAUUACUCCAAAAUGUCUUCAAAAUCUUUACAGCUUCACCACUGCCACCAAUUACAGCAACGGUCUCAUGGGAAUUGCUGGUUUCUUGGAACAAUGGCCAAUCAAAUCUGACCUCUCAACUUUCCUAGCAACCUACGCCGCAGAAGGCAAUGUCGCUGAGUCCUUCACCUGCACUUUGGUCAACAACGGAACAUGUCCUCAAGCUGCCAGCGGAGCAGGAGUUGAAGCCAAUCUCGAUGUUCAAUAUGCUCGAGCAAUCACCGAGUCAAUUCCAAACGUCUACUACAGUACCGGAGGACGACCACCUUGGUUGGGUACUGGAACCAACACCAACGAGCCAUAUCUCGAAUUCCUCAAUUACAUGCUUGCUCUCCCUGCUGCAUCUCUUCCAAACACCAUCUCCAUCUCCUACGGUGAUGACGAAGUCACUGUACCACUUUCUUACGCUACCAAUGUCUGCAAUCUCUUCGCACAACUUGGAGCUCGAGGUGUUUCAAUUCUCGUUGCAUCAGGAGAUUCGGGUGUUGGAAGCACUUGCACAACAAGCGCUGGUACUAAGAUGUUCGAAACAUCCUUCCCAGCAGGAUGCCCUUGGGUAACUACGGUCGGUGGUACUACAGGAAAUAGCCCCGAAGCAGCAUGGACCGGAUCAGGUGGUGGAUUCUCAGAGGUCUUCGGUCAACCAAGUUAUCAAACUGCUGCAGUCAACAGUUGGCUCACUACAGACACCACACACACUGCUAACAAUGCAUAUUUCAACAAGACUGGGCGAGCAUAUCCUGACGUUGCGGCUCAAUCAACCGAUUUCGUCGUGGUUAUUUCAGGAAGUGCUUCACUUGUCGAUGGAACGAGCUGUGCCACACCAACUUUCGCCAGUAUCAUUCAACUUCUCAACAGCGAUCGUCUCGCAUCAGGAAAGUCACCACUUGGUUUCUUGAAUCCUUGGUUAUACAGCAAUGCUACUUCUGGAUUGACUGAUAUCAAAAGCGGGAAGAAUACUGGAUGCAGUGGAGUGAUCAGUGGGGCUGGCUUCUCAGCGGUUUCUGGCUGGGAUCCUGCAACAGGCCUUGGAACUCCAAUUUUCAGUUCUUUGCUCACGAUAUCAAAGGCUACAUAA